AUGGUUGCCUCGGCCUCACUAAAAGACAUGACCCCAGGUGAUGGGAACCCCAAGGAGAGUAGUCCUUUCAUCAACAGCAGUGAUGCUACGGAGAAGAGCCAGAAAUACGAUGGCAAACAUAUGGCUCUGUUUGAGGAGGAGAUGGAGACUAGUCCCAUGGUAUCAACCAUGAUCAGUAGCCUGGCCAACUACUCCAGUCUCCCCCAGGGCAGCAAGGAGCACGAGGAGGAGGCAGACAAUGAGGAGGAAGACAAAAAGAAGAAGAAACCUGUCAAGGCUCCACAGUUGGGGACCCUGAUGGGGGUGUACCUCCCCUGUAUCCAGAACAUCUUCGGGGUGAUCCUGUUCCUGCGGAUGACCUGGAUGGUCGGCAUCGGAGGAGUCAUUGGCUCCUUCAUCAUCGUCUUCAUGUGUUGUUCUACUACUAUGCUGACUGCAAUCUCCAUGAGUGCCAUUGCCACCAAUGGUGUUGUUCCAGCUGGAGGCUCCUACUACAUGAUCUCCCGUUCUCUGGGGCCUGAGUUUGGGGGCGCCGUGGGCAUUUGUUUCUACCUGGGAACAACGUUUGCUGGAGCCAUGUACAUCCUGGGGUCCAUCGAACUCUUACUGGUCUACAUCCUCCCCCAGGCAGCCAUCUUUAAGAUGGAGGGUCUGGAGGGGGCCGAGGCGGAGGCGGCGAUGCUUAACAACAUGCGUGUGUACGGCACCAUUGUGCUCAGUUUCAUGGCCACGGUGGUGUUUGUGGGGGUCAAGUACGUCAACAAGUUAGCCUUGCUCUUCCUGGCCUGCGUCAUCCUGUCCAUUCUGGCUGUGUAUGCCGGAGUCAUCAAGACGGCCAUCGAGCCACCUGACUUCCCAGUGUGUCUGCUGGGUAAUCGCCCGCUGAUCUCCAAAGGGUUCGACGUGUGCGCCAAAACAUUGGAGAGCGGCAACGGCACGAUCACCACCAAGCUGUGGAGCGUCUUCUGCGACUCGCCCUUCCUCAACGCCACCUGCGACGAGUACUUUGUCAACAACAACGUGUCCUUCAUCCAGGGCAUCCCUGGCGUCAUGAGCGGCAUCCUCAAAGAGAACCUAUUUGGGAAUUACCUGGAGAAGGGGGAUCUGGUGGCUAAGAAGGGGAUUGCGACCGUGGAGGGCCCUGAUGACACUCUGACCAACUCCAACCGUUAUGUCCUGGCCGACAUCACCAGCUUCUUCACCCUGCUGGUCGGAAUCUACUUCCCCUCCGUCACAGGGAUCAUGGCCGGAUCAAACCGCUCAGGAGAUCUACGCGACGCUCAGAAGUCGAUCCCCAUCGGCACUAUCAUGGCCAUCACCACUACCUCAAUAGUGUACAUGUCAGCUGUGAUCCUGUUCGGUGCCUGUAUCGAGGGAGUGGUCCUUAGAGACAAGUUUGGGGAAGGCGUCAAUGGCAACCUGGUCAUUGGCACCUUGGCCUGGCCGUCCCCGUGGGUUAUUGUCAUUGGCUCCUUCUUCUCCACCUGUGGGGCGGGGCUUCAGAGCUUGACGGGUGCUCCGCGUCUCAUGCAGGCCAUCUCCAGGGACGGUGUCGUGCCCAUCCUACGGGUGUUUGGCCAUGGGAAAGCCAACGGGGAGCCCACCUGGGCCUUGCUACUGACAGCGGGUAUCUGUGAGAUUGGGAUCCUCAUUGCCUCUCUGGACGCAGUGGCCCCCAUCCUCUCCAUGUUCUUUCUGAUGUGCUAUAUGUUUGUGAACCUGGCCUGCGCCUUGCAAACCCUCCUGAGGACGCCGAACUGGAGGCCGCGUUUCAACUACUAUCACUGGGCCCUGUCCUUCCUGGGUAUGAGCCUGUGUCUCUCACUCAUGUUCAUCUGUUCCUGGUUCUACGCCAUUGUCGCCAUGGUGAUCGCUGGCAGUAUCUACAAGUAUAUUGAGUUCCGCGGGGCAGAGAAAGAGUGGGGUGAUGGGAUACGAGGCAUUUCUCUCAGCGCCGCCCGAUACGCUCUGAUGAGACUGGAGGAGGGGCCUCCACACACCAAGAACUGGAGGCCUCAGCUGCUGGUGUUGGUCAGUACAGACGUGGAGCAGAAUGUGGAGCAGCCUCGUCUGCUCUCCCUGACCAACCAGCUGAAAGCAGGCAAAGGGCUGACCAUCGUGGGCACUGCCUUGGCGGGCACCUAUCUGGAGAACCACCCCCAGGCCCAGCGGGCAGAGCAGUCUCUGCGUAAGCUGAUGGAGACAGAGAAGGUGAAAGGCUUCUGCCAGGUCACCAUCUCGUCCAACAUGCGCGACGCCAUCUCCCACCUGCUCCAGGCUAGCGGGCUGGGCGGCCUCAUGCACAACACGGUGCUGGUCAGCUGGCCGCGCAACUGGAAGCAGGCCGAUGACCUACAGACCUGGAGAGAUUUCAUUGAGCUGGUUAGGGAGACCACUGCCGCCCACCUGGCCCUGCUGGUGCCCAAGAACAUCGCUGCCUUCCCCUCCAAUGGAGAGCGCUUCUCCGAGGGCCACAUCGACGUGUGGUGGAUCGUCCACGAUGGAGGCAUGCUGAUGCUGCUGCCCUUCCUUCUGCGCCAGCACAAGGUGUGGAGGAAGUGUAAGAUGCGUAUCUUCACCGUGGCCCAGAUGGACGACAACAGCAUCCAGAUGAAGAAAGACCUGACCACCUUCCUGUAUCACCUGCGUAUCGAUGCCGAGGUUGAAGUGGUGGAAAUGCACGACAGUGACAUCUCAGCCUACACCUAUGAGAAGACCCUGGUGAUGGAACAGCGAUCGCAGAUCCUCAAGCAGAUCAACCUGACCAAGACCGAGCGAGAGAGAGAGAUCCAGAGCAUCACAGACUCAUCCCGCGGAUCCAUCCGACGUAAGAAUCCGGCGGUGGUGACCACCCAGCUGAGUGUGACCGAAGAACAGCCUGGGGUGAGCAGCAAGGUGGAGAAACCAGAGGAAGAGGUCCAGCUCAUCCACGACAGCACCAGCCCGACCAGUCCGGCUACCCCUCUGACUCCAGCCUCCGAGGGGGGGGCCCAGACCCCAGGGUCUGCACAGGUCCAGAUGACCUGGACAGAAAAGGCCGACGGCGAGCCGGCCAAGCCGCCUGGCGCCUCCACGCCGCAGGGCAUCAAAGACAUUUUCAACAUGAAGCCUGAGUGGGAAAACCUAAACCAGUCCAAUGUGAGGCGCAUGCACACGGCACUGAGGCUGAAUGGUGUCAUCGUGAAGAAAUCCUCAGAGGCCAAGCUGGUGCUCCUCAAUAUGCCUGGGCCGCCCAAUAACCGGUCUGGAGACGAGAACUACAUGGAGUUCCUGGAGGUCCUGACUGAGGGUCUCAACAGAGUCCUCCUGGUUCGUGGUGGCGGUCGCGAGGUCAUCACCAUCUACUCUUGAGAGAGCAGACCUUUCUCCCCUACGAACCCCUUCAUCUCCCGAACCCCACAUCUAGAAAAAAUACCCCACUUCCAUUUGUGUUUGUAAGACACUCCCCUCACACCCAAGCAAUAGACCAGAUCGCUCUAAAUGAUAUUAUGUUUGCCUAACACACACACACGGUUUAAAAAAGUUCACCCCAUACACCACCCCACCCCUAUGAGCACAAGAAGUUAAAAGAUUUAUAUUGGGUUAAAAAAAUGCUGAAAAUGUGUAUUUUAGCUUGAAAACACGCUGAAAAUACAUAUAUUUUUGGUCGAAAAGAUGCUGAAAAUACCUAUUUGGGG